CAAUGACCGGACACAGACAUGAGUCGGAGGCUGCGGCGCGGACAAAGCGGAAGUUUAGACGGUUGCUCUGGGUGAACGAAGGGAACAUUGACAGCAUCGCAUCAAAUAAGAAAUCAUUCUCUCCCCCUUUAUUAACCCAGUCUCCCCUUUCCCUCACACAUGGCGUCCAAUUCUAACAUGGACAUUGAGGGUGCGACCCAGCAUCUCCGGGACAUACUCAAGCUCGACCGUCCCGGGAACGGCACCGAUACACAAUCAAGUGACGGUCCUAGAAUGCCAUCUUUUAAUGGAGAGCUAAAUGGGCUCUUGGGAGCAGCAGGCCUUCUAGGAAGCACUGAUCGGUCAGCCAUGUCAGAAUCCACCAGACCCAUCUCCACAGACCUCAGCAGCGCUCAGGAGACUCAGAUAAUCUGCCUUUCUGGUGACGAUGGCUCCACUUGUAUCCCCAUCACCUCCAACAAUGUGGAGAUUGUGGCGAGUCAAGAUUCCAGCAUCAACAGUAAGGCUCGUGGCAGCAACAAGGUGAAGAUCCAACCGGUUGCCAAGUAUGACUGGGAACACAAGUAUUAUUAUGGCAGACUGAUAGCUGUGUCCAACUCCUUCGUGGCCUAUGCCAUCAGAGGCGCCAACAACCAUGCAAUGAUUCGUGUGCUGAGUGUGGGUUUUGGUGAGCGCUCCCUCCUGAAGGGCUUCACUGGAGCCGUCACAGACCUGGCUUUUGCCCACCUCGACUCCUCCAUGUUGGGUUGUGUAGAUGAAGCGGGCAACCUGAUGGUCUGGCAGCUCACCUGCACUGGAAGCAAGAUACUUGAUCAGGUGGUAGUUCAUGUCCGACGCCCAGAGGACACUCCACUGAACUCCCACCGUCGCCUCAUCUGGUGCCCGUACAUCCAGGAUGACAAUGAAGAAAACCAGGAUGACACCAGCCAGACCUUAGCCCUUCUACACGAAGACAGGGCUGAAGUGUGGGACCUGGAAGUCCUGAGAGCCAACAGCAGUUGGCCCAUCGAAGCCACAGACCUAAAAGAAGGCCUCAUCACAGUCAAGGGACAUACCCAGCGAGUCAGUGAAGGUGCCCUGUCUCCAGAUGGAACCGUGUUAGCCACUGCCAGUCAUGAUGGAUAUAUCAAGUUCUGGCAGAUAUACAUAGAAGGGGUACAGGACAAGCCAAGAUGUCUUCAUGAAUUGCGGCCUCACGGAGGACGUCCCCUCUCCUGCCUUCUCUUCUGUGACAACCACAAGAGGCAGGACCCAGAGGUUCCUUUCUGGCGGUUCCUGAUAACUGGAGCGGAUCAGAACCAGGAGUUGAAAAUGUGGUGCACAGUUUCCUGGACCUGUUUACAGACAAUUAGGUUUUCUCCAGAUCUGUUCAACUCAUCAGUUCUGCCAAAUCUGAAGGCCAGUCUGGACCUUGCUGCUGAGUAUCUCAUCCUCACUGACGUACAGAGAAAGGUCCUGUAUGUCAUGGAGCUGCGGCAGGACCUGGAGAAAGGCAAGGCCACUUUCACAGCGGUAUCAGAGUUCCUGCUGACCCACCCUGUACUCAGCUUUGGGGUCCGGGAUGUCUCCCACAGCCGAUUGCGACACACUGAGGUCCUCCCUGCAGAGGAGGAGAGCGAGAGCCUGACAACAGAGGGCACUCAAGGACCCACAGAGUCCAAGUCUGGGAUCCAAAUUAAACUCUACUGCGUUCACACCAAGAGUCUGCAGGACGUCCAGAUCUGGUUUCAGCCCAACUUAUGUUCCAGCUCUGCAGUCUUCUUGCCCCAUUCUGAUUCUCAGGAUGGUUUUGCAGGGUUUUCAGAUCAUCUCACUGACCAGAGCUCUGACAAGGAAUCAGGAAGUGGCUCCCAGACAGACCUAAGAAAGAUCCCAUCGCUUCCUGCACCCGCUGACUUCCUGUCAAACUCGCCUGCGAGCAGCGGGACGAUGCCCAAGCUGAUGACUCCCGAUGCCUUCAUGACACCAAGCACUUCGGUACCUGCAUCUCCUGGCAGCAGUGCCAGCAGUCUGACCAUCGUGACCGCAAUCAGCAGCAACUCUGACUCAACUAACAGAGCAAUAGACGAUGUCAGUCAGAGUCCUAACAGAGUAGAGAACAACAGCAGCAGCAGUAGUCUGACACUCUCCACCAGCAGCCCUCGGGCUGCUUCUGCUGUGCUGCUGCCUGGACUGGAGAACCUACAGGCUUUGGCAUCCCCUACUGGUCCUCUCGCACUCGACAACCCUCAGGUUCUGGAUUCUCCCCUCCUGCCACCUAUGGCUUCUCCGACCAGGGCCCGCUCCCCUGACGUCAUCUCCUCAGCCUCCACGGCCAUGUCCCAGGACAUGCCAGAGAUUGCAUCGCAGACCCUGCUGCUUCAGCGUGGUCUAGUGUCCAGCUUGGAGCCCUUACCUCUUUCUGCUCUUCAGACAGACAGCAUGGCCUCUGCUGCAUCUGCCCUGCACCUACUCACCUCACCACGCACAGCCAACAACAACAGCCUGUUGUCCCUCGAACUCGGAGGUGCAGACGGGCCAGUGGGCGGGGCAGUAGAGUCAGAGCCCAGACUCAGCCACACCCCAUCUCUACUUGAGAACGCCUUAUCACAGGAGAACCCUGGAGUUGGAGGAGGGUCCUCAGAUGGUAGUGUCAGCCACACACCAUGGCCAGCAGCGCCUGACAUCACCAGAGAAACCAGGAACAGUCUAAGGGAUAAUGGUCUUGGAGACUGUUCAAGAGAGGAGUCGAAGGACAGACACUUGAGCUCACCUUACCAUCGACGCUCCUAUCACCUCACACAGAAUGACAGUCAGGAUGCUGGCGCAGAGCAGAGUGACCCUGAUGAUGAGGUGGCCAGCCUGGCAUCCUCCUCAGGGAAUUGUGGCAGUCGCUCUUCUCACAGACUACCUGUCAAGGACUGGAAGACCUCACCACGAGGCUCUCCAAAACUAAAGAGGAAGACCAAGAAAGAUGACAGUGAAUCGUCUCAGUCCAGGCAAAUGGACUCUGGGCAGAUGAGUGCAGAAGUACAGGAUGAGUUGUUGAUGCUCCUGCGUGGCCAGCAGAGGGAGUUAACUGAACUGCGUGGACAGAUAGAAGCUAUGCAGAGCUCCAUUAUGGCUCAGGUAGAGCACGUCCUGAACAACCACCAGGAACAAGAACAGCGCAGACUAGAGCGAGUUCUGGCAGAGAGUCAGAAUCAUCAGCAGCAGCUUCAGGAACAACUCAGCCAGCAGCUCAGCCACACCCUCAGCUCGGUGUUAACCAACAGAAUGGACAAAGUGCUGCGAGACGAAAUGAAGAAAACGGUCCCACAAACAAUCUCUAAGAGUCUGGAGCCAGUGACAGGUCAGCUGAACAAUACAAUUGCUGCUAAAUUGACCGCUGUGGAGGUCACCCUGAAGGACAAUGUCAGCAAGGUAGUAAAAUCAAAGAACACAACGGAUGCAAUUGGUCGAGCAGCAGCUGAAGCGUUGCAGGGAACUAUCCAGGCAGCCUAUAAAGACGCCUUCCAGAGCAUCGUGCUGCCGGUUUUUGAAAGAGGCUGCCAGUCCAUGUUUCAGCAAAUCAACGACAGCUUCAAACAAGGCACACAAGAAUACAUCCAGCAGCUUGAGAGCCACAUGAAGAACAGAAAGCAGAAAGAGCAGGAGACACGGGACCCCAUGAUUGGCCAGCUCCAGCAGAUGAUCGACAGUUUCCAAAACUCCACCGAUCAGCUGGCCACCAACAUCACAGCUAAUGUCCGGGCAGAGGUCCAGCACCAGGUCCAGAUGAUUGUGGGAAAUUUGCAAGAGUCUAUUCUUAGCCAUGUGCAGCGAAUUGUCAAAGGGGAGGUGAGCCUGGCAAUGAAGGAGCAGCAGGCAGUGGUCACCUCCAGCAUCAUGCAGGCAAUGAGGUCAGCGGCCGGCACGCCCGUCCCCACAGCACACCUCGACUACCAGACACAGCAGGCCAACAUCCUGCAGCUCCUCCAGCAGGGCCAGCUCAACCAGGCCUUUCAGCAGGCGCUGUCAGCGACAGAUCUGAACUUGGUUCUGUAUGUGUGUGAGACCAUCGACUCUCAGCAGGUGUUUGGUCAGCACCCCUGCCCUCUCAGCCAGCCCGUGCUGCUGUCGCUCAUCCAGCAGCUCUCCUCCAACCUUACAACCCGCUCUGAGCUUAAAAUCAGCUACCUGGAGGACGCAGUGAUGAAUCUGGACCACGGCGACCCGCUGACAAGAGACCACAUGUCGUCCGUCCUGGCCCAGGUCAGACCGAAGCUCUUUGCCUUCCUGCAGCAGGAACCCCACAGCCCGCUCAGCAAGAGGGCGCGGCGCCUGAUGAUGAUGCUGCAGGGCCUCGUCAGCCACUAGACCUUCAUUUAAAGCGUGGUGCAGAAGAAUCGUUUCUUCAGAUCAUGAGUCCAUUUUUUGUUAGGAGUCCGUGAAUGUUUUAGAGGAGAAAGCAACAAGGACAGUUGGAGCUGGAGGAUGGGGUGCACUGUUGGUUGGAGAUGAAGAUGAGAGCUCCUGAAUGACUGAGUUUGAAACCUCUCACUUGGUUCGAGAAAGAAGGUUCCCUGCAGCCCACCUGUCCCUCCACACAACCCUAAAUUCAGCUCCUUCUCCCCUUGUUCCAUUUGUUCCCAUUCCUCCCCCCGCUCUGUCUGCACCAGUGAAGUGUCAAGUUAGGAAAUAGAAACCUUUUUUUUGUUAAUUUUUUUUCCUGGACAGACCUUCAGUGCAAGACAAUAAUGAUCUGGACGACUCAGAGGUUCUCUGUAGAUUAUUCCAGACCCUUGUUACUGCUGCUUUUUCCUUCCCAAGAGGCAUCCUGGUUGUCUCUCAUCCUUUUCUUCGAAGCGACAGCCAGAGAGCCCCAGAUUUCUGGGCGUCCCUGUCUCCCAGUCACAUCAUACCUGACACCCCUUUGAUGUCACUUCACCCAAAUGUGCAUAAGACUCAAAGAAUGUUCAACCGAGCGGUCCACAAGACCAAACGUGGCUGUUUCUUUUGUUCCACCUGUGUUCCACUGACCUGUCAGUCAGACAUGUUAUGUUUUUGGGAUACUGAGCAAGUUGUGACGCAGAGGCUUCUUCAGAAGUACGCUAAAAGAAGACAUGUUUCGCCCCAAAAUGUCGCCUUGUAUCUUGGCCUUAAGAGCAAACAGCAGGCUUGGACACGUUUUGUUUUUCUUACAUACAGACCAGCAUCCUCGCUAGAGCCAACUUGGAAUUCAGACGCUGCAGGAUUACGCUGUCCUCAGUUCAGUUCUUUUAAACAACCGCGCUAAUCCCGGCAACCAGAAGUAUGUAACACCCAAAGCCAUUUUAUGUUGGUUGCAUAUUUCCUUUCAGUUAUUUCUUAAUAGGUUGGAGACAACAACCUUGCCAGGCCAGAUCUCUGUCAGUGCUUUGAAGAGGAUCAACACGUCGAAUUGUUUCGCCGAAAGUUAAUAGAAUUUGUUCCUGCGUUUGAAGUAUUCAGGAUGAAAAGCAUAUCUCAUUAUACUUUUUCCGUCUGGCCUUGUUUUCACAAAUCAUUCUAAUGAUGGUUUCGGAAGGAUACAAACAAGAUUAAAGGAUAAGAAACAACAUUUUUCAAAAGUAACAAAUAUUUGCGAAGGUCCUCCAGGCUGAAUAGAAUUCCCCUGUAGAAUCGGAAAUGUUUGGCAGCCGUCCAUGUGUACAGCUCUGUCCUGUAAAUUGAUCAGAUUUCUUCUCCCCAUGUUUUCUUCUGUAUGUCACUCCUUUUUUUUUAUAUAAACAUUUAGUAUUUGUAAGACUUGUAUACUUACUUUAAGAGUCGUCAAACUAGUUAUAAUACAUAAAAAACACUUCCUAAACAUAAUUGUUACUGAUGUUAUUUUAUCAGGAUAUUCCAAAUAAUGGUUGUAAACUCAAUGUGCAGCUACUUCUCAUAGGCUGUAGGAGGCAGCACUUAGUUGGACUGCAGAUAUUCACCCUGCUUGCCGUUUAGGUUUUUGCAUCAGAAAUCAUUCCUGCUCUUACAGUAUGUUUUAUCAAACAUUAAAACGCCUGCCUUUUAGGUUGUAAAUGCACCAUUUGUUCACCUUUUAAAGUGUGUUGAAAGUGUAUGAUAAUCUGUGUACAGCUCAUUCACACAUCAUUGUUUAAUUGCAGGGUGGCCACACUGUUUUUGCUGAUUGUAAAAUAAAGGUUCUGUUAAUUUGACCUUUGUGUUUAGAAUCUGUUCAGUUGGAUCUGCCUAGCAAGUGCCUUAUUGCAUUCUACAUGAUUUACUUUAACAUUUGAUCCCAUUUGGGCCAUUAGACAGCUUGUAAUGCUCCGCUGUUAUCCCAUAGCGGCUCCGUUUCACUUUAACAAGCAUUUAUGUCACUCAGAGGUCAUUUGUGGCUGGUUCUGAAGAAAGGCCCAAACAGCAGAGCAGAGGAGAAUCGGUAUGAUUUGUUUGCAAACAUUUGACUACCAACACAGUUGAUUUGGACAGACAAUUUAGAAAAGCCCUAUUUUUUCCUCUUUCAGCUUUCAUUUACAGAGCCUGGGUUAUUUUCUCAGAGCAGAAGGGCAGGUGGUCUCCUGCUUGGUCCCGAGUGGGAGCUGUGUGGUAGAAACAUGGCUGAGGAUAAUAGUGUGUAUGUUAUUUUUUCUCUUUCCCUUUGUUCAUUCCCCUCUGCUUGGAUGGUUAUGUUGUUUCUUUUACAGUUUCUUUUACCCUAAACAUUUUGGAAUAAAAAGACUUGUUCAA